AAAUCGGAAUCUGGCCAUGGUAAAACCUUGGUUAAGGUAGAUGGAAAGAAUUACACAUUCUUGAACUCAAAAUGUGGGAGGGCCCAUUUGUUGAGGAGGAAACCAAGGAAAGUAAGAUGGACCAUCCUCUACAGAAGGAAACAUAAGAAGAGUCAAGAGGAGGAAACUAACAAAAAACGUACCAGGAGGACUCAACAAUUCCAAAGGGCUAUUGCAGGAGCUUCUCUAAAUGGCAUUAUGGCUAAGAGUAAUCAAGGGUCUGAAGUGAGGAAAGCUCGGAGAGAACAAGCCAUCAGGGCUGCCAAAGAGCAGAAGGAAAGCCAAAAGGCUACCGAGAAGGCUGCCGCUCCACCUAAACCCAAAGCUGCACCUGAACAGAAAGCAGCCAAAAAUGUAGCAAAGGCUGCACCACGUGUCGGAGGAAAAAAUUAUUUUAAGAUCCUUAAUAAAUCAUCAACUUACUGGUUCUCAUUUCCAGCUGCUCGGAAUCGGACUGGUUGCCUUCUGGCCCGAGUAGACCUUCUCCAACCUGAAGAAUAA